AUGCCUGCAAAUAGUAUGAAUGAGGAAGAACGUAGAUUGCUACUUAGUAAUCUCGCCUCAGAGUUUAAAAAACCCUUUACAGGUCCAGGUUUCUCUUAUCUAAAGGGUCGCAUGGAAGAACAAACAGAGAAAUUACCUUGGGACUAUGAAAGUACGGUUAGGACUUUGUUACCUGAAUGUAAUAGUCUCUUGGAUAUGGGAGUUGGUGGGGGUGAAUUCCUUGCUUCAUUAAUCCCACUUCCUAAGGAUACUUGCGCGACUGAAGGAUGGGCUCCCAAUGUCGAUAUUGCAAGGAAACGAUUAAGGCCUUUAGGAGUAACCGUUACAGCCAUUACCGAUAACGAUGUUCGACUUCCUCUGGAUGAUAAUAGAUUUGAUUUAAUAAUUAAUCGCCACGAACCUUACAUCGCCUAUGAAAUCAAUCGACUCCUUAGUCAAGGUGGUUUAUUUAUAACGCAGCAGAUUGGUGAAAAGGAUAACGCGGAAUUAAAUAGACUCUUGGGUGCACCAGAACACCCUGGAUACCGUGAAUGGCAUUGCGAACAGGCCUGUAACGAAUUGACCGCCGCUGGAUUAACUAUACUAGAAAAGAUGGAAGCGUUAAUAGAGACAAAAUUUUAUGAUGUUGGAGCAAUCGUUUAUUAUCUGAAAGCAAAUCCAUGGCAGAUUGAAGAUUUUUCAGUGGAAAAAUAUGCGGAUCAACUCGUUAACAUACACCAUUUAAUUCAAAGAGACGGAUAUCUUCUAGUCAAAAGUCAUCG